AUGGGGGACGCCGCCGCCGCAGCGGCCUCCACGUCCGCUCCCGACACGCCAACCUACAUCCUCAUCUGCCGGGAGGACGGCAGCGACCUUCUCGCCGACGCCGACGAUGGCACCGACGCCGACAUCGUCGUCGCCCGCGACGAACGGCUGCUGGUCGUGGACCCGGACGAGGAGUAUGUCGCGCUGCUCCUGUCCGAGGAGAGCGCGUCAGGCAGCGGCGCCCCGGCGGAGGAAAUGGAGGAGUGGAUGAAGGCUGCGCGCCCCGGAUGCGUACGCUGGAUCAUUAAGACCACGGCGAUGUUCCGGUACGGCGGCAAGACCGCCUACGUCGCGGUCACUUACCUCGAUCGCUUCCUGGCGCAACGGCGAGUCAAUAGGGGGCAGGAGUGGGCUUUGCAGCUGCUCGCGGUGGCGUGCCUGUCACUGGCGAUCAAGACGGAGGAGCAGCACGCCCCGCGGCUGUCGGAGUUCCGGGUGGAUGCGUAUGAGUUCGACAGCGCGUCCAUCCUGCGGAUGGAGCUCCUCGUCCUGUCCACCCUCGAGUGGCGGAUGAUCGCCGUCACCCCCUUCUCCUUCAUCAGCUGCUUCGCGGCUCGGUUUCGGGAGGACGAGCGCCGGGCGAUCCUCCUGCGCGCCGUGGAGUGCGUCUUCUCGGCGAUCAAAGCGAUGAGCUCGGUGGAGUACCAGCCGUCGACCAUCGCCGUCGCAUCCAUCCUCGUCGCGCGCGGCAGGGAGGAGACGCCCGCCGGCAAUCUGGACGCGCUCAAGGCGAUCCUGGGCUCAUCAUGUCUGCAACUAGACACCGGGCAUGUGUACUCCUGCUACAGCGCGAUGAUUCAGGACGACGACAAGUCGCCGACGCGCUCGACGUCGACGGGGGUGGCGUCCUCGGGCGUCUCUGUCGCCGCGCACGCCGGAAGCGGGAGCCCCGGCACGGGCGCCUCCGUGUCCGUGGGCGCCAAUAAUGCCGCUGGCACCGCCAUGCUGGCAGCAACCCCGUUCAACCACAACAAGAGGAGACGGUUGCGCUCACCUCAGCGACAGUAG